AUGAAAUGGCUUGAGAAUCUGUGGCUUCGAUCAGCAUGGAAGAUUCGGCGGAUUUUUCGACUAGACGGUCAAACCAUAGCCCCAAUUCAAUGGGGAAAACCCCUGCUCACAUCAGUUCCGGACAAAACACUCAAUGAAAGGUUAGCUGACAAUCAGAAGCAAAGACUGCAAAGUAUUGUUGAGGAGGUUCGGGUAAUAUCUAUGCUGACAAAGCAUUUUCCUACUAAAAUAACUACACAAGAUUGGUUGGUACUGCUCGAAUGUCAUACACGGAAGCAGCGUCUUGAUCAUCUGAAAUUCCUGCGGAGUCGGGAACUGGAACGAGAGAAGGACUUGUUAAAGAAGACCCUCAAAUCUCCUCUGCCCCUCAAAGAAAAACCAGAAAAUGAGGGGUUACCUCCUGUUUAUUUCCCUGCGCCUAAAUUAGCAAAAGACCAACGAAGUAUAGCUUGGCAAAGAGUGGCUCGAGCUCAUCGCUGUGGAGAACCAUGCCUAGUGAUCGACUGCCGUUUUCUCCCUUUUCUUUCACCACGUGGUGCCGAACUCACCGCUGUUCAAUUGAAGUAUUUGAUAAGCGAAAAUCGUGAUAGCAGAACACCAUGGCAGCUGUAUUUUACGAAUUUUGACUGCUCCUCAGAGAGAAUCAGACGAAUGAAGGACAGACACUUAUCCGUUAUCGAUUCACCAGCAACGUGCAGUCCAAUCGUUUCUCCUCAGAGUUUCACCGAUCUAUUCGCACGAGAACGAAUUGUUUACCUUAGCCCGGAUGCAGAAGAAGAAAUGAAAGCUUCUCAUGAGAUUCCUAUGAGUAAUGUCCCGCUAUGUAGAUUUCAGGUUUACAUACUUGGUGGAAUCGUUGAUCGAGUUCCGGAAAAAGGAAUACCCCGUCGAGCUUCGUUAGAAACUGCAACUGCCGAACAAGUUCGCUGUAAAAAGCUGCCUCUCGAUAAAUACGUGACGUGGAAAUGUGGGUUCCGAAGGUUCCUUACGUUGACCGCCGUUUCAUCUAUUCUUCGUGACGUGUACAAUUCAGGAGGAGACUGGGAAACUGCAUUACGAAAAAACAUCCCUGUGAGAAAUGUACGGUCUGCCGAAGAGAAAUCUGUCGCUGGUCGGAUACUACACGAUAAAAUCCGUCUUUUCGAUCGCCAACUACUUAAGCUUGUUGAACGUGAAAUCGGCAAGGAAGCGAUAAGGGAAAGGACUUGA